UCAUCCAGACAUUUAUCGUUCGUGACUGUGGGACCUGCAUUGGAAAUCUGUCCUUUAACGGUGGCACAAUGUCGGCCUCCAUGACUGAGAUCUGCUGUCAGACCAAUCUCUGCAACAACCAAACCAUCACAGAAGAGGCUAACACCACCUCGAACGGCCUCGAGUGUUACACCUGUCCGUUGUUCGGUGCAUGUGAAGAUCCCACAAGAACAGUGAAAUGUGCUGGUGCACAGACGUGGUGUUUCCAUUCCUCCAUCACAUUCAGUUCACUUGCUUUCACGAUUAAAGGCUGUGCUUCCAGGACUAUGUGCCAAAACCCAGACGUGUUAAAGGAUUAUGGAGUCCAGACACAGCAAGACUUCUUCUGCUGCCAAGGGAGUGGCUGUAAUCGGAGGAGUUCAGAGGGAAGCUUGGCACCAAAACCCUCAAAUCCUGUGUCAAGUAAGGAGGCCGAAGCAGGAGUAGGCCAUUUGGCUCUUCAGGCCUGUUCCUCCAUUCAAUAUGGUCAUGGCUGAUCAUCCAACUCAGUCUCCCAUUCCCCCUUGAUCCUUCCAUCGCCAUUGAUCCCUUUGGCCCCAAGAACUAUAACUAUCAUCUUCUUGAAAACAUUCAAUGUUUUGUCCUCUCAAAAAGAGAGUCUGAGCAGCCAUAAUGGGCUGAAUAGCCUCCACCUGCCUUGUGCAAGCCCAUGAUUAAUUUGCGAAAAGUUUCCAAUAGAGACUCGAUGGGUCGAAUGUCCUCCUUCUCUGUAACGUUCUCCA